GCUGUUAACGCCACGCCAGGCCUCUAUCGUCGUUCGCUCGGGAGUGCAAGCCAAAUAAACGACAAUCACACCGAGGAGGAGGACUUGGAGAACCAUCCGCCAUCCGCCUUCGACAGUGUGCUGUCUAGGCCUCCCAGCUGCUCAGGACUGUCUGAGCACAGACACCACCCUGAACUACAGCGUGUGGGCGCCAAGAACUGGACCCCGAGUCAGGGUAUCGACUACUUGAUCAAGGCUGGUGUGAUUUCCAACAAUCCUGGGGCUAUCGCACAGUUUCUUACUGGUCCCGAUCUCAGCUGCCAAGCCAUCGGCGAGUACUUUGGACGACUUUCAGACCCCCUGGCCGUCAAAGUCACAAAGUAA